AUGGCAGCUACGAAGGAAGAAGAAGAAGAAGAAGAAGAAGAAGAAGAAGAAGAAGAAGAAGAAACAGAAAAAGAAGAAGAAGAAGAAGAAGAAGAAGAAGAAGAAGAAGGAAAGAAAGGAGUCGACGCCGUCAAAGGACCCGUUUCUCACGGCUACCUUGUAGGCUCCCAGUUGACUCAGUUUGUGAUGGGUGCCGGCGUCAGCUAUGGUGAAGAUAAGGGCAUGGAGUUGUGUGCUAUUUUUAUUCCUAGGGACUUUUUGAGAACUGCUCCUACACAGAUUGAUUAUGUAUCUGGAAGCAAGCAGGGUCCAACGGGGGCUUUUAUGGCCUCAGAUAUCUGGGGCUGGCAACGGGCCUUCUUCCUUCCCUCGGACCGUCCGUCCGUCCGUUUGUUAGAUCUUCCAGCUAUUCCCCCACCCCCACCCCAGUCCUCAUAUCCCCCUUGUCCUAUGGGUACCUCCUCCACCACCACCGCCACCACCAGCCCGGAGUCAUCUCACCAGUAUCACCGUCCCGACAUCAGUCCCGACAUCAGCGCCUAUGACCAAACUCUUUCCGAUGCAGAAGUAUUGAAACAGUAUUCCUCUAGCGAAAUGUCAAUGGAUGUCAGUUUACAAGAGGAUAAGCAGGAGAACUGCCUUUAA